AUGCCUACUCCAGAGUCUGUCGCACUCGCUCAUGACCCAACUCUGCUCCACGCUGUUGCUGGUCAAUUUCGCAUCACUCCUGAGCAAGCGUUCCACCUCGUCUAUUGGCAGCCAGACAUUGUAGAAAAGAUGAACAAUGGUGGACUCACGGAAAAUCACGCCGCUGUUGUGCGUAUUGGACCAUCAAUCAGGCCACUGGGUGACAGCGGCGCGCUCUGCUUCUUGUCAACCGAGAAGAAGCGUGCCACUACACGGGCUCUCAGCAAAACAAUGACUGAAUAUAUUGCUCGACGGCCUCUUCGCCGCCCAGCGCCACCACCAGCCCGUCAGGCUCGACGUCGACCCCAAAUCGACAGGCAAUUAGUCGAGGGCGCCGACGAUGAUUUCGGAGGCAAUCAUACACGCCAUCGCCCAACUGGCUCGCGCAGCUCCCAGUCUUCAAACCCACCGCCCACCACCGCCCGCCUCACGCCCAACUCGAGUCUUGCUAGUCUAGCGCGGACAACAAGUCCUGGGACUGCGAGCUCAUAUAGCACGGGAUCAGAUCCGUAUCACCCGGGCUCGUCUGGCUUCAAUGCAUCAACGACUACCCUAGGUAGUUCGAGUCGAUACAGCGGCGAAGACGCACCGCUCAUUCAAAUACGACCGGACCAAAAGGUCGUUCAUACCUACAAUGCUACGGUCUCUGGCUUCGUAAUCCAGUUCUUAAUUACGGUCGAACAAUCACCCACGGUAGAAGAAGAAAGCAUGCUCACGCUCACCUACAAGUCUGGAGGAAUCGAACGACCCCUUUGCGGCAAGGAGCACAUGAGACUGGCCAUAGACCCCCAGACACUUCGCUUUCAUAUCUUCGUGUUCCCGAAGCCAUCUUUACCUGCUGAUUGUCUAUACUGUGUUCGUGUCUGGCUCGAAGCCCAAGGGGUCCAGCAUCGCAUAUUCUCCGAUGAGAAUCUCUGGGUGGGAAAGGAUCCUCCUUUUUCAAGCAUACAACACGUCGCUCUGACGCGUCAGGAUCAGCCUUCUAUCCCAUUCUGCAAGCUGCUCUCUUUGGCUACACUUCGACCGGAUCCAGGGGUGAUUCGGAAAGCCUUCAAGGGGUAUGUGGGCAGAGCCUCAUGUGACUUCAUAGUCAUCAUGAAAAAUCUCGAUCCACUUGGAUCAGUCUGGGGAGUUUCUGUCGAAUACCAGGCUGGCGGUAUAUCACGCUUGGUGUUUGAACAGACCAAGUUUCGGCUUCAUUGUCGUGUAGACGACAUCAAGUUUAUCAUUUACACUGUACCAAUUGAUUCGUCGAUUCCUUACUCCAACCAUCGCAUACGCGUAUGGGUCAAAGGAAUGGACGGGAUCUGCCAACGCCUAUUCAAGUCUGACGAAUUCAGAGUCGGAGCUGAGCUAGCCUUUGAGCCUCUGCUCCACGGGCCAGGCAGUGUCGUAUUUGCGACCAAAGACGCCUCUGCACCUACAAUAACCAACUAUACAACAUCCCUUCACACGGAAUCGCCGCAGGAAGCCUCUUCGCCGAGUGGCAGCAGCGAACAACCCUCUCAGAGCCGUAGGCCGAAUGGAACAACUCUCAGCGAUAGAGAAAGAUCCGAAGUAGAAUAUCAAGAACAACGGAUGGGCAUCAAUGUGGGUAUCGGGAAUGCAAGGGUGUUCUCGAGCGUCCCGAGCAUCGCACCAUUUGAUGAAAACCUUCCAAGCUAUCAAGCUGCACUUAGUUCCGAAUCUGGACGAUGA